AACUGUCUUUAUUAUUUAGAUGAAUUGUUACGUUGGCGUUGAAUUCCAGAACAAUGGUGGAAUUUCUCUUGUUCACUCUGCCUGGUUAACACCGCUUAAACGAGAAGUCUUUUGGCCGCCAAAACAGACAACCGGAAAUUUUAUAAAAUUAUUAAAAUCUGGACAAGAGCCUCCCCAGGAUAACAGCUGGAAACUUCACCAAAUUAAGCGAAUUUUUUUCCAGACUGACGACUAUAAGAUUGCGGAGAAAAAAAUUAAAAAGGCUGAAAUUACCUCAGAUUUAACUACAGAUGCUGAGGAAUCAGCAAUUAUUUCACCUCGAAGGAAAAUACGUCCAAAGAAAUUUUCCACUGAUGAUGAGCAGGAAGAAGUGCUGUCAUCAUCAGAAGAUGAUUUUCCAAAAAACAAGAAACCCCUACCUAGACCAAAACCAAUAAUACGGAAGUCUAUUACAAACAUAUUAUCUGAUUAUUCUGGCCCAAUUCAAACUUUUCCAUUAGCUUCAGCUGGACAAUCGCAAAGGUCGUUUGAGGAUAGUGAUUCUACAAAUCAACUUUAUUAUUUGCCACCUCAACAUUCAGCAAAAGAUACUCAAUUGACUAAAUCUUCAGGACAAAUUAUUAGAGGUUCUGCGUCAAAUCAGUCAUUUUGCCAGGCUGCUGUUUCGAACUCGUCACCAUAUAAUCCGUCAACUAGUAAAGCAACUGAUGUACAGAGCAACAUCAGAGCUGUAGUGGAAAGUAAUGGAGCAAACACUCAAGAUGAUGUAAUCACUUUAUUGAAGACCAUUAGAGAACAGAACAAUCAAAUUUUGCAGUGGAUCCGAAAACAAGAUCGCAGUGGCAAUCACGCCAGUAAUACAGAUUUACCAGAUGAUAUAGGCGUACAGUUUCCUUUGAAUUCUCAAGAGGAUAUUACCAAAUUGGAAACAUACCUGAGUGAAAAAAAUAAUUGCCUGGCUUUGUCGGCAUAUCUAUCGACUUUUGGAGGGAGAGAUUUUACUGGACAUACAAACCGCAUUUUAAAUUUUUUGUUCACUUAUUCUCUUGCAACUAAUUGGAAUUUUUGUGGCAAACGAGGUGAGAAAAAGGCUUUUAAAAACUUAAACGUAAAGGAUGUGAUUAUUGGUGCUGUAAGAAAAAGCUCCCCUCUAGUCAGUCAGAAAGAAAUAGAAGAUACCAUCAAGGUGUGGUUGAAACAUGCACCAGAGAAAUUGAAAAAGCAGCAGCAUGGCAAUCCGUAAGAAAAAAAGUGUUGUUAGUCAAAGACAACUCUACAGAAGGGUGGCAGAAGGAAAUUUAGCACCUGUGAGUCAG